AUGAGCAAGUGUGCUCCGGAGCACCAGGUCACCUACAUCUCUAGAUUGUUCUUAGAUGGAGCGUUAUCCUGGUGGAAUCUCCAAGUCCAGACCUUGGGAGAAGUGGUUGCUUAUGCCAUGUCGUGGGAUGAAAUGAAAGAACUCAUGCGAAAGAAGUACUGCUCAAGGGCUGAGAUUCAAAAGUUAGAAACUGAGUUCUGGAACCUCAAGAUGGAUGGUCCGAAGAUUGUUGAAUAUGUGCAGAGAUUUCACGACUUAUCUCGCAUCGUUCCUUACAUGGUUGAUCCAGAAUUCAAGCGCAUUGAGCGUUUUAUUUGGGGGUUGGCACCUCAAAUUAUGAGUACGGUGACAACGUCAAAGCCUGCUACAAUCACCGAGGCUAUCGAUCUAAGUGUAGCACUAACUGAAGAGGCAAUCAGGAAGUUCUCAAACUUCAAGAAGGGUACCAGCAGUGCUAACAAGAAGAAGGAUGUGAACCCACCAGUCGAGGUCAAGACUGGUGCUGAAAACAAAGGAAAAGGAUACAUGGGCACCUUGCCCAAAUGCAAUGCGUGUCAAUUGAAUCACAAUGGACGAUGCCGAGCUGAAAAAUGCGAGUCUUGUGGAAAGGUUGGUCAUUCAAAGGAGACGUGCUUGGUUGGUACUGGUCGUGGUAGUCAGAGAGGUUAUGGUAAUGGAAGCAAUAACUGUGGUGGAAAUGGGUAUGGAAACCGCCCUCAAAGAAGAAAUGGCGGUAAUGGUAAUCAUGGUAAUUUUGGGAAUCAAGCUGGUAGUGGAAACCGUGGAGCAAACAACAAUCAAGGUGGUAAUGGAAAAGACAACGAUCAGGGAACAGGUUGCUUUAACUGUGGAGAUAUUGGGCACUUCAAGCGUGAAUGCCCGAAAAUCAACCAAGCUCAUGGAAGGGUUUUCAACAUCGAAGCGAGGGAAGCUCGCCAAGAUCCGAACCUAUUGUAUCAAAUCUGCAUGGCCCUGCAUGAUAUCAGGAUGUCUGCAAGUCUUGUUGCUGCACUCUUAUCUUCACGAAGACCAUCACAUAGGCCGAAGAACCUGGUUCACAAAGAACCUGUAUGGUGA